AUGCGUAUGCCAAAGAAUGCAACACCAUCAUCAUCUUCAUCACCAUUGUUACUGUUACCGUCACAAGCUCCACCAAUACCACCACCACCACCACGGGAUCUGCCGAUUGAAUUCAUGAAUCGUAUCAGAGAAUUGAACGGCACUAACAUUAAAUUUCUGAUGACCAAGACGCUUUUCCACACAGAUGUCAGCCCUAGUCACAAUCGUCUGUCAAUGCCUAUUAACGAAAUUAGGUGUGAUUUCCUCACAGAGGCUGAGAAUGGAAUGUUGGAGGAAAGAGAAGGCGCUAAAGGAGGACUUGUUGGUGUUGAAGUGACGGUGUUGGAUCCAUGUCUCAGAGAAUAUCCUUUGAUAUUGAAGAAGUGGAAAAUGACGAGUUCCAGCAUCUACACUCUCAUCAAAAACUGGAAUAUCAUUGUUCCUGAAAAUAAUUUAGAAAAAGGCCAUCAAGUCCACAUAUGGUCUUUUAGAGUUGAUGCCAAAUUAUAUUUUGCUUUAAACAAAGUUUGA